AUGCCCCCAUUGCCGAUAGAUGCCACAGUCGUGCGGAUUCCUUGGCUAGAACGCUCCCGAUGGAAGCGAUACGUGAAGCAGAAAGUAGGCGGGCCUUGGCUCGAGUCCGACCCUGACCGCCGCGACAUGAUAGAGUGGGCUUUUGUAUUCAAUGUUGGAGAAAUGUGGCACAGAGAAGAAGCUUUGUGGCUGAUCAUCGACGAUCGUUGGGAAACCCGGGUACUGAUUGCGAAUUACUUCGAGAUGCACUACGAAGCACUCCGCUUUGUGUUUCCCAGUGUCAUAGAUCUAAACUCCAUGGAUUGA